AUGUCUUGCACCACUCACACCAUCACCCUCGACCCUUCCAAGUAUGACCAGGAGCAGAUCAACCUCAUGGAGGAGCGCUUGAUCCUCCUCGACAACGACGACCGGGCUAUUGGCGAGGGUUCAAAGAAGGAUUGCCACCUCAUCCCGCCCGCCGGCUCCGCCGAGACCCGCUCGCCACUCCACCGCGCCUUCUCCGUCUUCCUCUUCCACCCGCAGACCGGCAAGCUUCUCCUGCAACGGCGUGCGGACGAGAAGAUCACGUUUCCGAAGAUGUGGACAAACACGUGCUGCUCGCACCCCUUGACGAGCUUCGGCGAGAUGGACGAGGAGGGUCAGAUUGGCGUUCGACGAGCGGCCGCGCGGAAACUCACCCACGAGCUCGGAAUCCCUCACACCUACCCUCUCGACGACUUUGCCUACCUCACCCGCAUUCACUACUACGCGCCUAGCGACGAGAUCUGGGCCGAGCACGAGAUCGACUACAUCUUCUUCCUCACGCUUGACCCGAAGACCGACAUCAACCCGAACGAGGUUAGCGACGUCAAGUGGGUAUCGAAGGCGGAUUUGGAAGACUUCUUCAAGGACCCCUCCUCGACCUUCACGCCCUGGUUCCGCCUCAUUGCCGAGUCUUUCCUCUACAAGUGGUGGGACGCCCUCCUCGCAUCGCGGAAGGACGAGUCGCAGCCCCUCGACGCCAAGGCGUUGAUCGCUGAGGUUGAAAAGGAGAAGGCCACGAUGGGCAGCAUCAUCCGCAUGUGA